AACAGGUUGCAAUAUUUUGAAAUAUAAAUAUCGAUAAUCCCGCCCUUUUGUAUAACCUACAGAUUUCAUUUCAAAUAAAAUAUAAUUUUUCUGUUUUUCGACUGAAACUGGAGAAUUUUAACUGUACUGCAGAAAUAUAUCUUUUAUGCCGGUACAGAUACAUAAAGAUUAAUACGAGUACGUGGAUAGAUAUAUUUGCGCAUCAAAAUCUGACCGUAUUUGUAAUCUAUAUGACUAAAGAGAAUGAAAUCUAUGUCGAGGAAAGGUUGAAAGAGUGACUGUUCUCGAUCAUGUUGAGGAUUUAUUGAAAGAAAUAUAAUUCAAAUAUUCGAACGAUUUGUAUAAAGUACCGAGUUUUAAGGAGAACAGUUUUGAACAAUUUUCUAAGGGCCCAGAUUAUAAAUAUUAUUUACAAAAUGGCAUCUGUGGACAAUUCACUUCAUUGGGAAGAAUUCUAUUCAACUCACCUUCCUCCGACUGAUUUUGAAGACAAUCGGAUACUGUUGAGGGAAUUUUGUGAAAGACACAACAAAAUUGGCCAAAGAAUUGUUUUGAUAACAUCUGGCGGUACGACAGUACCACUAGAACACAACACGGUAAGAUUCGUGGAUAAUUUCAGUGGUGGAGUUAGAGGAGCAGCUUCAGCAGAGUACUUCCUCGAACAAAAUUAUGCUGUGAUAUUCUUACACAGACUAAAGUCUCUAGAACCGUUCACCAGGCAUUUUGGUGGACAGAAGUUCUUGGAUAUGCUUGAAUUAGAUGAUAGGGGACCUAAUACAACAAUUACAGUCAAGCCAGAUAGUGUCGAUGUCUUAGCUCCAGUACUGGCUAGCUACAAAGCUGCACAAGAAAGUGGUAGAAUAUUAUAUGUUAACUUCACCACAGUUUCUGAUUAUUUCUGGUUAUUGAGAGCUGCUUGUGAAUGCUUGGCCAGCUGCGGUCCAACAGCCUUAUUAUAUUUAGCUGCUGCUGUUUCAGAUUUUUAUAUUCCUACAAGCCAGAUCCCAACACAUAAAAUUCAAUCAGCUAGUGGUGUGCCAAAUAUUCAACUUCAGUUAGCUCCAAAAAUGUUGGCUCCACUCGUUAGUUUGUGGGUACCUCAUGCGUUUGUGGUGUCUUUCAAACUGGAAACUGAUGAAAACAUAUUGAUCUCCAAAGCCAGAGGUGCUUUGACCAAAUAUAAGCAUGCGUUGGUCAUUGGAAACCUGCUCCAAACCAGACGGACCAGGGUAGUUUUUGUAACACCCAGUACUAGUUUCGAAGUCUGUCUGACCCGUGAACAAAUGUUGAGCGGGAUAGAAAUUGAAGAUAUGAUAGUUUCCAACGUCAUUUCUAGUCACACUGAAUUUAUAAAGGAACACCACUACUAGAGCCACCACCCGGAUUCUUGGGAAAAAAAGUGAUGUUUCAAACAUGUAGAUAAUCAUUUAUCAGGGUAAACAUAGACGUGAAAAGCGAAGCAGCUGAUGGGGUUGGUUGUUGAUCUUUUUUCUGCAAUGUUCCUCAUUGCUUUCUUCAAAUUGACCUAUAGACCACCUUGAACAUAUCCAUACAAUCAUUUAGAUAAGUGUUUUUUAGAUGUUAUACUGAGACAUAGUAUGGAGGUAAAAGGUAUAAGCUUUCUGAAUGGAAUUUAUUAAUUUCAGUUAACACUUGGUUAUUGAUUUUGGAAGGUUCUUUGCAUAAUGAAAAAUAAUUGUUUUUUCAAUUCUCAAUAGUCCAGUGACUUAUUUGACUGUGGCAACAAUUUCCAAAUUUAUUGAGGGUCAACCUUUUUUAUAAUUCAAACCUUUUUGACAUUAACAAUCACAAAAAUGAUAAAUUGUAAUUGCAAAAUUUAUAUUCACAUCAUAGAUCCAGGUUGAUUUCAAAAUCUAUUUUGAGUUCAUUGCAACUCGAACAUGCUAUGGAAACCUUGGAUAUUUUUUUAUGAAUAAAUGUACUAUAUAUGAAACCAUAGGUUUUUAAUGAAUACUUUGAAUCACUCGGUUAUUGUAUGAUUUCAACCAAAUUUAUUUUUUUUUAGGUGAAUGGGGUUAUGUAUAUAUUUUGUGCUUUUUUGUUCAUGAUACUAGGCUUAAUUGACGGAUGCAUAAUAAGUUUUUAUCCAUAAUGCAUAAUUUGUAAUAGCACUUUUUAAGGGCCGACUUGAAAGACAGAUGGUACUCAAAAUCUGUUUUUAUCUGAGUUGUGCUCAACUUAAAUUUCAGUUAGCUUUUUAUUGAUUUGCAAAUGCCAUUUAACAUUUUCUAAAUGUCGAUUUUUGAGUUCAUAUAAGUAAUUCUGGAAAGAUAAUAUUUUGUUUUUAUUUUAUUUCAAACUAAAAAAACAAAGUAUGUUUGUUACAUGUUAUUCUUUUCUAACUAGUUGAGAUAUAAAUUUCAAAAACUUUGGGAAAGCAGCAAGAGAAAUGUGUACUAUUAUAACACUCUUUUUUUUAUAUUUUGAUAGUUAUUACUGUCAUCUACAGGAAAAAAGGGUUGGUGAUAAAACAAGAUUUACACAACAUGAAGUAAAAAACACAAAAUAUUUUUCAAAUGAAAUUGUGAUCUUAACCACAUGUCGAAACAAGAACUAUGUGAUAAUUGUCGAUGGCAAUGUUUUAAUGAGUAAAGUUUUUCAAAAAUA